AUGGAUGAAGACACUUGGAAAGAAGCUUUUGAGAAUGAGAUAGAGAACAGAGAUAUCCUACAUUCCUGGAGUUUGGAUAUUGAAGAAAGGUUUGAGAAGCAUCAAGGCUGGUUGCAAUACACUUUGUGCUCAUUUGCCAGGUUCUGUUGCCAACUAUGUGAUCGACGAUGGGCUUCUUCAAAAGUACACAUAUUAUUCCAGAUAAAACUAUGGAGAACAACAGGACAGGUCAAGAUGCACAUCUUCAAGCAAAAGUGCAAAUUAUGUAAUGCUGGGUAUUAUGAGAUUCCUAUGUUCAUACCUGAGAACAUAGAAAUUGCUAUGAGCAUGCUUGUUAACAGGAUAUGUGAAAAAUUCUACAACAUGCCUAAAGAAAAUAUGCUAUCUAAGAGCUUCAUCAAAGAUGGACGACAAGAUGGUCCACAUGAUAGCAGCAAUUGUGAGGGGUGUGCACAAGGUAUAUGCAAUAGAAACCUUAACCGAAAUCAAGGCUUCCCUCAGAGCUUCCCUCGACUGGCUUUUCAUGGAAUUGAGCGACAAAGAGAAGAAUCACACAGAACACAAAGAUUUCAGAAUAAUAGAUACAGUGAUCGAUAUGACCAAGGUAGUUCAGAUUCAUUAUCAAACUGUAACUGCUGUGUUAUUCUGUAA